UCACCUUAUGGACACCUUUUUGGCACUAGUUGAUUUGAACCGUCCAACCGUCCCCGGGAAGGAGAGUGGGAAAAAAAACCUAUAUUAAGCUCCUUCUCCCCUGGCUCUCCUCUCCUCUUUGUUUCCCUUUCCAACUUAACUAUACAAGUCUUCUUAUCAGACCAUCUCUCUCAACCACUUCUUUCUACCAACCCAAUUACACUAAACCAAUCCAAAAUGUCUGGAAUCAAGGCCGGUGACAGCUUCCCCUCUGACGUUGUCUUCUCUUACGUCCCCUACGCUGAGGAGUCCCAGGAGUUCUCCUCUUGCGGUAUCCCCAUCAACUACAACGCCUCCAAGGAGUGGGCCGACAAGAAGGUCAUCCUCUUCGCCCUCCCCGGUGCUUUCACCCCCGUCUGCUCCGCUCGCCACGUUCCCGAGUACCAGGAGAGACUCCCUGAGAUCCGUGAGAAGGGUGUCGACGUUGUCGCUGUCCUCGCCUACAACGAUGCUCACGUCAUGAGCGCCUGGAGCAAGGCCAACGGCGUCAAGAACGACGACAUCCUCUUCCUCUCCGACCCCGAUGCCAAGUUCUCCAAGAGCAUUGGCUGGGCUGACGAAGAGGGCCGCACCAAGCGUUACGCCAUUGUCCUCGACCACGGCAAGGUCACCUACGCCGCUCUUGAGCCCGCUAAGAACCACCUCGAGUUCUCGAGCGCUGAGAACGUCAUCAAGCAGCUGUAAAUGCACCAAUAGACAUGGAAAUUGCGGCGUGUUAGAUGGAAGGCGCAGAUAUAUUUGAUGGUGGGGUAAUAAACGGCUUGCAAAGCUCGACAUAGAACUAGAAGUUUCCACCUUAUUAGAAGAAAUACAAUGCACUUACGAAGCUAUGAAAAAUGAGAAAAACCAAAUAUCCCUAUGCCGUUGUAAUUUGUAUGAUGUCAGCCAAAACUACUGCAAGACAGCACCUUAAAAUUUUAGCAUUUGGCUACCCCAUAUUCUUCUUUCUAUGAUCUACGUGAAUCCAUGCGUUCUUGGUGAUUUUCUCUGGUUCUAUUGGUGUGUGC